CUCAUAACAUACAAACAACAAACACUCAAUUAUCACAACCGCAAUACCAGAAUAUCAGCCAACAUGGACAAAGCCAAGCAAGCCGUUUCCAGCUUCGUCUCCAAGGACGGUCACCACAAGACCACCGUCGACGAGGAUGUCAACAGAGCUGUCACCGAGGAACAGGUUCGUCCUCACCGUCAUGAGGAGGUGACUACCGCCAUCGACAGGGAAGUCCACCAAGACCACCACCACACGACGGUCCAGCCUCUCAAGGACCGGGAGGUUCUCCCCGAGAAGCAUCACCACAACGUCGUCCCCGUUGCACACAAGACCUUCGAGCACGGAAACGAGAAGGAAACCAAGAACGCCCUCGACCGCGAGCACGCCAAGUUCAAGGACACCUCCGUCACCCACGACACCACCCACACUUCGACAGCGGCCCCCGUCGUCUCUGGCGAGCGCGUCCACCACCACGUCCACGAGCAUAUCCAGCCCGUCAUCCAGAAGGAGACCAUUCAGCCCCACGUCGUCCACACGACCGUCCCGGUCCAUGAGACACACCACGCCAAGCCCGUCCACCACGGCUCCACGACUCUUCCCACCAAGACCCUUGACGAGUUCACGCGGGAGAAGGGCAACCUCGACGGACCCCGCCACCACAAGUACGACGAGUUUGACGGAUGCCCUGACAAGAUCAACAAGGGAUUCGCGGAUUCGGAGCACACGGGAGUAGCCGGAACCCACAACCACUCCCAUGGCCAUUCCCACGGAACUGGUACGGGGGUCGCAGGUGCCGCUGCCGCUGGAGGUGCUGCUGUUGCUGCCAACAAGCACCACAAUGGCAACUCUACCCGAGGUGUUGGCCAGACCGCCAACACUCACCACACUAACGAUGCCACACACGGUACUGCCACUAUGAACAAGGCUGAGCCACGCUUCGGUUCCACUGCCACGGGCACCGACGCUACUCACGAUGCCACGGGCAAGAAAAUUUCCCUCGUGGACAAGUUGAACCCCUUCAAGGACGCCGAUGGCGAUGGCCACAAGGGCAUAAUGAGCUAGAUUGUGGGGUACGAUUCAUUUCGUAGAUAGUGCAUAGUCAACUCCUUGAUAUCCGAUAAUUUAUAUCUGUUAUGAC